CUGGAUAUUUAAAUGCCUGACCAAUCACAGCCCUCUCAGCUGCGACCAAUAAGAGAGCGCCUCUCAUCUGAACCCCGGGAAGCUGCGUCCGAGGUCACGUGAUCUGAGUCUGUAUCCGGGAUUGUGCUGCAGGGGCUAUGGCGGGAGGAUACGGGGUGAUGGCGGAUGACGGGAACAUUGAUUACUCCGUACAUGAAGCCUGGAAUGAAGCCACCAACGUCUACCUGAUCGUGAUUCUCGUGAGCUUCGGCCUCUUCAUGUAUGCCAGGAAGAACAAAAGGAAGAUCAUGCGGAUUUUUACAGUGCCACCGACCGUAGAGACGGCAUCCGAGGCAAAUUUUUAUGAUGAUGUGAAGAAGAUUCGCUUGCGCCAACAACUAGAGAUGUAUUACAUUUCUCGGAAACAUGAUCAGAAUGACAGCGUUCAGGUCACAAUGGAUUGAGAAAUAGGUUGGGAAGACGACAAAAGAUUUCCUUUACGGCGGUGAUGGAACGUCUUCUAAUAAAAGGAACUGUCAUUUCAGUGUUAAGCCGGCUGAUCGGUACGACGUUAUCAUGACAAGCUACCGUAAACCCAAAAUAUGGAGACGUACAGUAUUUUACAUUUUGAAAGAGAUUCGUGCUUUUACUGCAGGCAUUUAAAACGUUUUAAUCAAGAUCCGAGAUUAGUGGACAAUGGCCAGAAAAGUCAUUUCAUUCCGAAAGACUCCUGCAAUCAAAGAAAAGCCAGCCACUGAAUUCAAAAUAUGGUUCAGGGGGGUUCUCCUUUUUUUUUUUUUUUUUUUUUUUUUUGCAUCAUGGACAAACCAUCUCAUCGUCUCAGGAUGUUCUUGUUGGGGAAACUGUCCAACUGUGACAGAACAUCGAAGAUCUGGUUAAUGUACUGUGCAUACGUUAUGCAGACUGUAAAUAAGGCAAAGGCCAAAUGGUUAUGA